AUGCGCAGCUUUGAGAAGGAGGGCAGCUGGAGCCUGUCCUUCUCGGGCGCCGGCUUCCAGGGGCUCUACUACGUGGGAGUGACCCAGUGCCUACGCCAGCGCGCCCCGCGCCUCCUGCAGGGCGCCGGCCGCUUCUACGGCUCCUCGUCCGGGGCGCUCGGCGCCCUCAGCGUCGUCGGCGGCAAGUCGGCCUACUUCUGCUCCAGCCUUCUGGGCAUGAUCAAGCACGUGGAGCAGCUGAGCCUGGGCGUCUUCCACCCCGCCUUCGCGCCCAUUGAGUACAUCCGGCAGGAGCUGCAAGACAAUCUGCCCGCGGACAUCCACAUCCUGGCGUCCCAGCGGCUGGGCAUCUCGAUAACCCACUGGCCCGAUGGCCAGAACUGCAUCGUCACUGACUUCGCCACCCGAGAUGAGGUCAUCCAGGCUGUGAUCUGCUCCUUGUACGUCCCUUUCUACUGUGGGACCAUCCCCCCUAUGUUCAGAGGGGAGCGCUACAUCGACGGCGGGUUCAGCAAUAACUUGCCUUUCGCGGACUCCCCCUCUGUCAUCACUGUGUCACCCUUCCACGGGACAGUGGACAUCUGUCCCCAGAGCACCUCGGCCAGCAUGCAUGAGCUGAACAUCUUCAAUGUCAGCUUCCAGAUCUGCACCCAGAACUUCUACCUGGGCCUCUCCUCCCUCAUACCCUUGAGCCCCGAGGUAGUGGCCGACAACUGCAGACAAGGCUACCUGGAUGCCCUGAGGUUCCUGGAGAAACAUGGACUCACUAAGGAGCCAGUGCUGUGGACUUUGGUGUCUAAGGAGCCCCCGGCCCCAGCUGACGGGAACCAGGAUGCUGGCCACGACGGAGAGCUGUCUUUCAACUGCGCAGUGCCCAACGUGCUUGUCAAAGAUGUGCCCAACUUUGAGCAGCUCUCCCCAGAGCUGGAGGCUGCACUGAAGGAGGCGUGUAUGAGGGACCCCAGCCCCUGGGCCUCCCUCUGCCAGUCGGGGCCCGGGCGGGCGCUCACCUACCUGCUGCUGCCUUGCACGCUGCCCUUUGAGUAUGUCUACUUCCGGAGCAGAAGGUUGGUGGCGUGGCUGCCCGAAGUGCCGGCUGACUUGUGGUGGAUGCAGGCCAUGCUGAGGAGCUUGGCCCUCAGCAUCUGUUCCAGGACGAAGAACCAGCUCCUCGGGCUGGUCAGCAGGCUGCUGGUUCCCAGCCCGCUCCACCAUGAGGCCGCUCCUCCCACGGACCUGACCAAGGAGCCCAGAUCCGCCCAUCAGGUCUGAGGGGACCCAGCUGGGCCUGCGCAGUGACUGGCCUCUCCUGACUCCUUUUGUGGCCCUUGCCCUGUGCUCACAUCUGCCCUGGUCCUUGAGUCCUGACUUAUCUUCCAGAGCUCAGAGCCUGGCCGCUAACCCAGGGCAGGCACUGGAGUUGUCAGCCGCGGAGAGGUAGGGAGGACGGAGACCCUUGUUCCAGGCCAUGUGGGCAGGUGGCUCCCAGGAGCUGGAAGAGGCCCCCCCCCCGAGCCCCUCUGGAGCCUCUGCUCCAGAGCCAGUCCCCUGAGGCCCAGGUACUUUUUUUCUGGGUAAGGCACAUCCUCUUGGUACACCCCUGGGUUACUGUGUGCCCAGGCCACCCCGUCCCUGUCUCAUCAGAGGGAGAAAGGAAGGCGGGAGCUGAGACACACAUCUUGGUUCUGGAAUCUCCAUAUAGGGAACUCAGGGCAGCAUCCUCUGAGAUGAGGGGUUUGGGGGCUGUGGUAGAGCUGUUGGCAGAGAGCCCUUUAGAGAAGAUGGAGAUAAGGCCACAGGCUCAUAUUAGAUCAGGGAGCAAAUGGAAAUGAUGGGGUGGGGUGUGUCUCCCCUCUGAUCCUUUCUCUGUCCCACGGUAGCCCAUGGGGGUGACCCUGACCUCCAUGGUCUGCCUCACUCCAGCAACCUUGAUCUCUCACCUCUUACUGGGUCCACCCCCAGGAACCCUUGGCUGGAGGUUGGAGGGUGGGAGGGGAGAGAGGGAUGAAAGUAUUUUCAGAGUCCCAGCCACGUGUGCCUCUGUUGGGGUGCCCAAAGGGCCUGGCUCCCACCACCUCAACUCUGCCCUGCCUUGUUCCUCAGGGAGGUCUGUGGUGUAGCAGCACCUCUCCCCCACCCAGCCCCCUCUCCCUCGGGCACAGAGGAUGCCGAGACGCCAGACCUCUUCUGCCCUCUCCUAGGAGUCACUGCUCUUCCUCCCCUCAAAGCAGAACCCACACUGCGCCCCUGGCCAGGCCCUGAAGAGACACUCAGCCCGAGGAGGGAUGGGGAUGGUGGAGAAAUGGAGGCAGAUGUGAAAGGAAAAGGAGCAAAGUAAUAAAUAUGUGAAU